GGGCCUUGUCCUUGUUGGUGUCACGACUUUACUUUGCCUUGCCUUACACCUCUUCCCCAUACAUUAACUUACAUAGGCUUCAUGCCUUCCUUCCGCCCCAUCCUUUUCUCACGGAUAUUUUAUCACCUUCCUCCCUCCUUCUAAAUCAACUUCUAUCUCCUCCCCUGAGCAUCAUCCCUCUCCAUCUCAUCACCAUCAUCAUCCAAACUAAUCCCAACACCCGACAACAACUAAUACAUCGCACCAAGUUUCAAUAAUAUCACUUGAAACAUCGUCCCUAAGAGGCACCUUCAUACACACACACACACACACACACACAUAUAUAUAUAUACAUACUCGCCACCAACCAGUAACCGUCACCCAACAUGAACAACACCGCUCCUACCCAGCAGCGGAGAGGUCCGUGGUCACAGUUUGAGGAUGUGUAUCUUAUGGAUCUUGUCCGCACACAUGGAGCUCUCAACUGGGUUCGUAUUGCAUCAACCCUGGGAACCCGAACACCAAAGCAGUGCCGCGAGCGUUAUCAUCAAAACCUAAAACCAACACUCAACCACGAACCCAUCACACCCGAGGAAGGUCUUAUGAUCGAACGACUUGUCGCGGACCUCGGGAAACGCUGGGCCGAAAUUGCACGCCGUCUCAAUGGCAGGAGCGACAAUGCCGUCAAGAACUGGUGGAAUGGUAGCCAAAAUAGACGCAAGCGCACGGAUCGACGACGUGCUGCACAGGAUCACCACGAUAGCUACUAUCCCACGAACCGCCCUGGACUAUCCAUCUCUACACCAGCCAUGCCCAUGCCUGGAGCACAACUCUCCCCCCUAACUGGCACUGCCAUGCGCCACCCCAUGCAUUCAUGGAUUGAGGCUCCACUGCCCUCGCCAUGCUCUUCCGAUUCUGCUGAAUCCGAAAUGGGAUCCAACUACACCACAUCACCCUCCCACCAGUCCAUGCAACUCGCUGUACCUGUCGAAUUGCCCCCGCUGCGUCACUCAGGCUUGCCAACAGCUGGUGACAGGCUUCCCAGCUUUGACAGAUUGGCUCCUCCUCCCCAUGCCUAUACGGACAGGCCCGAGUAUCAACCCAGAUUGCCUCCUUUUGCUCCUCAAGCGCAACUACCCACCGCGCCCAACUCGCCCGUGCAGCAGCAGCAGCAGCAACCACAAAACCGAAAGGCACAAGACUCUAGGAUGCAUCUCUCCGCCCUCAUGGAUUAAGAUAAUGUCGCAGUAAUGCGGUCGAAGAUGAGCCUUGGCCACGCAUGUAAUGCGAUGGUAUGUUUGGUAACAUGUAGAUAUUGAUCGGGCGUGCCGUUACCGCCAACUUUACCAGCCGUGAGGGGGUCUUACAGGGUCCAGGGGACAUUUGUUUUGGCAAAGAUACCAGGCGUUCAGGGAAAGGUUUCUCGGAAUUGAAAGCGAAUGAUGUUUUUACGAAAUACUAAUAAACCCGAGACUGGACAUACAGCGCCAUGAUCCAGAUCUCGAAUGACGGUUUAAUCAAAUAAAAUAUACUUUGGAUUAUCCAA